GCGUGCGCGCGUGUGACAGAGGGAAAAAGAAGAGCGAGAUAGAUAGAGAGAGAUAGAGAGAGAGAGGUAGAUAGAUAGAAAGCGCGCCCGGACGACGUCGACGACGACGACUACUAUGAGGACAGAAGUACACGUCAUUCGGUUGAACGAGGCGAGAGUGCGCCCGGGCGCCGUUGCAUUCGAGCACAUUCGAGCGCCAUUCGUGAAGACAGACUCGUCUCUCCAGCAGCGGGGAGAUAGUAGCAGUGGUGGUGAUUCAGUGGGUGCAGAGAGAGGUGAAGGAGUGAUUGCCAUGACUACGACAGGAGCCCAGUAUGCCCUCGCAGCAACAUCCACCGGAGCUAAUAACAGUGGGGGUAGCUCCGUAGCGGUAGGGGUGGAAUCUAAGCCAAGUGUGGUUGUCGUGACUACUACUUCCAGCUCCAGUGGCGGUGGUAGCGGAGCACAGACUCAGUCUGCCAGAGGCCAGCAACUUAUCACUGUUGUAACAAGUCCUGAUCCUUCCAGUCCAAAUAAUCUACAGCCUAUCCAGUUAUUGGUGCAGGAUCCACUCGAAACAGCUGCAGAUUCUUCCAACGGCUCGACAGGUACUCCAGCACAUGUUACAGCGCAAGUAGUGGUAAAUACUACUCAUUCGGGUCAGCAUACUCUAGUGGAUUCUGACGCUGCUUCUACAUCAGCUGGUACUAUAGUCAGUGGUUCUCCGCAUUACAUAACAGUUACAGGCACGAGUGAUUCACCAUCCUACGCAUCCCUCACAACGGCUGUAGUGUCCGGUGACGCAGAGGCGGUGGGGUCCGAAUCAGUUUCUCAUCCAACUUAUGUUCAAUAUGUUGAGGGGGAUGGCUCCGCGUAUAUACCGGCGAAUGGCCAGAUGACAUAUCCUGUUUAUGCUGUCGGCGAGGCAGGAGCAAUGUACACUCCAGCUUCGAAUCAGUACUACACCCCAGCAACCACACCAGUAACAUAUGCACAAGUCACAGGACAAGGCUCAAAUUCAGCUACCGGACAAUUAUUAUCACAGGGCAAUGGUACAUACUUAAUCCAACAGAGUGUAGUAGAUGGAGAUCCGACUACUCACGCUCUUAUAUCUGCGGCCGCCGCACGUGCUAGUCCGCAAACGGAAACGGCGGAGGCUGUGGUUAGCGGGAGUGGCGGGGCAUACUUGAUCAGCGGUAAUUCUGGAGGUACCACUGUCACCGUGGAGGAGGCAGCGGCUGCGGCUGCAAAUAUGACGCAUGCCACUAGAGUUUCCCAGGCCACUGUGCAUUGGUUGCUGGAAAAUUAUGAAACUGCUGAUGGAGUGUCCCUUCCAAGAUCGACUCUCUAUAAUCACUACCUACGUCAUUGCUCUGACAACAAAUUAGAUCCUGUGAACGCAGCCAGUUUCGGAAAAUUGAUACGUUCUGUAUUCCUAGGAUUGAGGACUAGACGUUUAGGAACUAGAGGAAACUCCAAAUAUCAUUAUUAUGGAAUUCGCGUGAAACCAAGCUCGCCUUUACUUACAUUGAACGAAGAUGGCACGUCAAGACAACAACAGAGCGCGAACUCUCAAGCUAAACGAUUUAAGUUUGUCAAUCAAAAGCAGGAGUCAUCCUAUAACGAAAAUAAUGCGCAUGCGAACACAAAUAUCUCUUCAAAUUCUUCGCCGCCGCAGUAUCAUCAGUAUCUCGGCGAAGCUAGCGGCGCCAUUCCCGAUUUUCCGGAGAUCUUUAUCGGUCACGAUUCUUCCCUGCCUGAAGAUUGCACUCUCGAGGACAUCGAUACUUUUCGCAGUAUAUACAGAGAGCACUGCGAGGCGUUUUUGGAUGCGGUGCUGAACUUUGAAUUUGCCACGGUGGAGAGUCUCUGGCGAGAAUUUUGGCGCAGCCAAGACAACAAUAAUGGUGACGAAUGCGAAGAGGAGAAAUAUUUAUCAAAAACCAAAUUAUAUCAGAUGUGUAAAUGCAUAGGAGUACAAGAUUUUAUCAAAAAAGUGGACUAUACAUUCUAUCAGAAUCUAGUCGAAGUAUUAAUGCCUAAUGUAUUACGACCGAUACCAAGUUCAUUGACACAAUCUAUUCGAAACUUUGCAAAAGGAUUGGAAUCUUGGUUACAAUCAGCAAUGGUCGGUUGUCCUGAAGGAAUGAUGCAAAUUAAGUUAACUGCAGUGUCAGCUUUUGCACAAACUUUAAGGCGCUAUACAUCAUUAAAUCAUCUUGCGCAGGCCGCGCGCGCAGUACUUCAAAAUCCUAGUCAAAUCAAUCAAAUGUUAACCGAUUUGAAUCGUGUCGACUUUCACAACGUGCAAGAACAAGCAUCCUGGGUAUGCCAAUGUGAUUAUGGGAUGGUACAACGUUUGGAGGAGGAUUUUAAAUCAACGUUACGGCAACAAAAUUCUUUGGAAGAUUGGGCAAUCUGGUUGAAAGGAGUCGUGACUCAAGUCCUUAAACCAUUUGAGGAGAAACCAACAUUUGCUAAAGCUGCACAGCAAUUUUUGCUCAAAUGGUCAUUUUAUAGCUCCAUGGUUAUCCGGGACCUAACUUUAAGAAGUGCUGCGAGUUUCGGAUCUUUUCACCUUAUCAGAUUACUUUACGAUGAGUACAUGUUUUAUUUAAUAGAACAUCAAGUCGCUAUCGCAACUGGGACUACGCCAAUAGCUGUAAUGGGAGAUGUUGAAAAGUCAAAAUUGUUCUUUAGUUAGUAGCUUUGGAGCAACAUCUAACGGAGAUGCGUCUAAUGAGAGCCAACCUAAACAUAAGCUAAGCUAACUGUGCCUUUAGUUUUGUGAGUAAACCGGUAUAGCACACACGAAAAUGCGAAGAUAUUAGCACGAAAGCAUGCAGGCCUACUUACAAGAACAUACUAGUCUCGUAAAUUAUUAUUUUGUAUAACAUCAAAUUAUACGACUAUAUAAGAAGAGGAUUUUUGCAUAACACUCACAAUGUAUACAAUUUAGAUAAAUCUGUGUGAUAUAGAGAGGUAUUGUAUCGUACUUCGUAAAGCCUUGUCUCAUAUACAGGUAUGGCGCUAAGCCAUCGCUGGCACGAUGUUUAAUAUGUUAAUAAAUAUCGCGAAUCUAGUCGAAACAUCUUUGGAAAAAGUGGAAGAGUAUACACGGGACCAUGAAUUUAUCAUGUCCUCAUUAGAAUAUGAAAAGCCCACUCGAUCAUGUUUUCAAUGUGAAUUAUUCAAUGCAUUUAUUAAAAUUAUAUUUUUUUUACGUUUCUAUACAUUAAUGUAUAAGUCUAUAAUAAUUUACAUGAUAUAU